CAAUCAGUAAUCUACGUGAAUGACGUCAUUUCCGUGUUACCCGGAAGCUGAAUCCCUCAGCUACAAAUGCUACAGAUAUGCUAACAGUAUUACAGAUACGGAUCAUGAAUUCACACAUUGCUGAAUAUUUUAACCGUGGCUUCACAAAUGAGGAGAUUCUUGCGUUAUUAGCUGAAUCACAUGGCAUUAUUAUCAGCCUUCGUACACUUGAAAGGAUUUUACACAACAACCGACUUUGGCGCAGAAAGAACAAAACAGAGGUGGGAGAGGUGGCAGCUUUUAUACAAGCACAACUGGCAACCUCAGGACAGUGUCAUGGGUAUCGUUGGAUGCACCAGAAGUGUUGGAUGAAUGGCAUUGUUACUGACAGAGAAACCGUUCGUCUUCUGCUCCGUUUAUUCGAUGGAGAAGGUGUGGAUUUGGGGUCACGUAGACGACUGCGGAGGCGAGUGUAUCAUAGCAGAGGCCCCAACUAUGUGUGGCAUAUCGACGGCUACGAUAAGCUGAAGCCAUUUGGGAUUGCAAUCAGUGGAUGCAUUGACGGCUUUUCAAGGAGUGUAAUAUGGCUAGACGCUUACAAGACAAAUAAUGACCCGAGAGUAAUUGCUGGCUACUUCAUGGAUGCCGUGAUUCAACAAGGUGGUUGCCCUGAUCGAGUGAGAUUAGAUCUAGGAACAGAAAACGUCCAUGUGGCUCACAUGCAACGAUUUUUGCACUUUACAGACAAUGAACCAGAAAGAGAGCGCGUCAUAUUUGGAGCAAGUACAGGAAAUCAACGCAUUGAAAGAUGGUGGCUAAUCUUACGAAGCCAGUGUAUCCAGUACUGGAUUGAACUAUUUGACAAACUAAGAGAGGAUGGCCACUUCUCAGACUCUUUCUUGGACAAAUCAUUGGUCCAGUUCUGUUUUCUUCACAUUAUACAGGAAGAAUUAAAUGAAGUUGCUUUGGCCUGGAAUGACCACAGAAUGCGCCCAGUCCACAACUCCCAAAGUCCUCACGGCCGACCAUCUUUUGUGUAUGCCCUCCCAGACAUUUAUGGCGCGAGGGACUGUCUCAAACAUAUCAAUAUGGACAAAGUUGAAGCCUGCGUUGAAGAAUGCGUGUUCAAAGACUUUCCAUGUGAAGAGAUCUGUAUGUAA